CACACCUCAGACGUUUCGCCGCGGCUGGAAAGGUUCCUCGCUGUGACACGCAUCGUGCUGGAACACAAGUUGUAAACAGCAGAUGUCCAACAUGAAGAGAGCAGUGGGUGUGGGAGUACCCUUGAUGCUGAUCUUGGCCGUCUCCGCGUUCCUCAUCCUGACUGCGUCAAAGAAGGACCCAUUGUCUGAACCCGGACACCGCGUCAUCAAACGAUCCCUACAUAAAUCAUUGCCAGAUGAACUCCAAGAUGCCCUUCGAGCAGCAGCUGCUGAAGACGCCCCUGCUUACGUUAAGGACAAACGCUUCCUCCCGGCCAUUGCGAAUCUUGCUGGAAAACUUUUAUCAUCAGGAGGGAGCUUCGAUGCAGGAAAACUGACCGACAUAAUAAAUCAACUGGGCGGCAUGGAGAACAUGGGACCGGACAUCAUGGCGCAAAGUGUGCAACAGGAGGCUGAGGUCACGGCAGAAGUGGAAAAAGAGGUGGCAGAGGAAACAGUCGAUAAGAUAUUUGGAAAAGCUGAACAUGACAAGAAAGAAGAUGAUGGAGAUGAUGAUGACGAUGACGAUGAUGAUGAUGAUGACGGUGGUGACGGCCAGGAGCAUGAGAUAAAGGCUGAAGUAGACUUCAUUGCACAGAAGGGCAUGGUUGAGGAUGACAUGUUCGCUCCACCAGGGAUGCAGAUGAAAAUAGACGUGGAGGAAGACCCCGGGGAGGAAAGCGAACCCGAUGAAAGUUCCGAACCAAUGGCGUUCUCUUACCCCGUGGGGAUGGGUCCUGCUCUGAUGAACGGAUGUUUCGGAACAGGAUACGUAGAGGGUGAUCCAUGCUGGAACAAGAUGGAUGUCAUCCCAGUCUGCUGGAACAUGAUGGAGGGGUGUGCCUACAUCGGGGUCGGCUUUAAUGGUCGCGGAGACUACAGCAGCACGUCCAGAAGGAAAACAGUCGUGCAGAGGAACUGUAACAACGAGGGCUCGUACCACGAUGAGGACGUACCGGACAGCAUGAACGUUCACGGCAUCUUUGACACGGAUGUCGGCUCCGAGGUCUAUGAGUCCAAACAGGCUUACCGUCAUUCCCUCCAGAUGAAAGCCGGAAUGUCAUUUUCCGGAUAUGGCUUCCAGGCUGCCGUUGAGGCAGCAUAUGGGAAGGAGUCAUCAUCCCAGAAGCAGUCCUUCAUGUCUCUUAUUCAGUGUAACGUGAUCAGGUAUGAAAUCUUUCUGGAUGAGAUCACGCCGGAUACCCUGAGUCUGCCCUUCCUGCGAGACUUCUUGUCUCUUCCGAAAAAUUUCAUCGUGGGGCAGGCAAAGCUUCGCAGUCUUCCAAGACUUCCAACACCCACGUGACAGUAGAAGGAGGCGACCAGGAAGUUGCAUCCAUCGUAGCUGACUUCUACUCCACCGGCUUCAAAGACACCUUCACCGAGUGGCUGAAGUCCAUCCCUACAUACCCCAAACCCAUCGAGAUGUUCAUGGGCACCAUGU